UUGCUUUUUUGUUUAUCAACUUACUUUCUUGAACCCACAUAUUCCCUCCCCAAAUGACCAAAGUCGACGCCACCGUCGAAUUUAACAUCGACCCAUCUUUCACGGGCAUCAUGCGUGGCUUCGCCAACGAUGAGUCAGAAGGAUGCGUUUUGACUGGCACCUGCGCCGUUCGCAUCCAUCGACCUCUGAAAGUGCGACGUCUCAUUGUAUGGUUUGAAGGUCGAAUCAAAGUCAACCUUCGCGGCCAUAGCUCAAUAGCUCUGUCUUCCACCGAAAUGAUCGAAGGUCGCUCGCUUUACUACAAGAGCCAGCAAUUCAUCAGCGACGAUGGCCAGCUGCAACAGUUGGAACCUGGCACCUACGAAUACCCGUUUUCCUUUGAACUUCCUGCCACUUUACCUGCCAGCUUCCGUGGCAAGUAUGGUGCGGUCCGCUAUCGACUCCAAUGCACACUCUUCCGCCCUACCUUCUCGUCCGAUAUCCACGCUUCUCGCGAGGUCACUCUGCGUCGUUCGCUCAUGGGCGAUCACUUGACAUCAGCCACAGCCGCUGAUAUGACCGAAACGGUUUCCGGUGUCAAUCACUCGGAACAGCUUCAUUACUCUGCCACGGCCACCAGCAUGACUUAUCGCGAGGGCGGUCUGGUUCGUUUGAACUUGAACAUGGAUCUUGGUCGUCCAGAAACACAAUCAGUCAAAUCGGUGACCUGCGCCUUGCGUGAGACUGUUCGAUACCGUACCACCGGCGAACGGUCGCUGACGUACCAGGCCUGCUCCAAGACGGACGAGGUGUAUCCAUUGGGAUGGAGUACAUUUUACCCAUCACAGGCGCCUGACUACAGCGCUGCUGCUCCACAUAGUUACAAUGCCAUGUUUCGCUUGUGUCCGCGAGUUAACGCUGAUAACGAAACACGUCUUCUCGAUGUCAAGCAUUCUGUUGUUGUCAACAUUAUGGUCGAAGAGCGUCGUGCUGUCGCUACUGCUCCACAAACACCACACGAGCAUCAUAACGACGAGGAUGAUGACCGCAAGUUGAGCGUUCAACAAAUCGAGCACGCAUUUACCACUGCUGCUGCUGCAACUGCAGCCGCGUCCCCGCCAUCCUCUAGUUCAUCGUCCCGUUUGACUGCACUAUCAGCUUCACAACCAACUACGCCACCCGUUCUCAGCCGCUCAUCAUCGUCAUCGUCUAUCACAUCCAUCUUUUCGCUGCGUCGAGAGCACCACGGAGGAGGCGGUGGCAGCAAGAGCAACGCAUCCUCACGGCGAUCAUCGAUCAGUGGUAUUACGCCCUCUUCACUCCAUCAUCGUGAAGCCAAAACACAUCUCACGCUAUGCACGUUGGAGAUCCCCGUGUUAGUCACAUCACGCGAGCAUGUUUGGGAUGGUGCCAUGCCGAGUCCACCGGCAUACAACACCGCCGAAGCGCCACCCAGCUAUUUCCAAACACUGGAACAACUUCCGGCCGUUCCGAUGUACCCAGCAGAAUCUUCUACUUCUACUGCCGUUCAAGCCGCAUCAUAAGAUAUAUAUCUAGUACAUAACACACACAUUUUCUUACUAUAAGCCAUGUCAUACCAUUUCAUCACUCAUCAUUCUGUCCAUUCAUCCAUUCAUUCAUUCAUCCAUGCAACAAUCAUUCUUGUCAUAUUCAUCGUAUCCUUACUCUUAUUAGUACAUUUAUUCUCUUAUCAAAUAAAGAUCAUUCGCCAAUCGCUUAAUCUC